AUGCCCACUUCCCCCGCAACUAGUCCACUUCCUCCACCUGUGUUCAUGCCUCAACUCUCCAGCACGUCGCCAGCCCCAACUCCAACUCCUACACCAAUGCCUCCUUCGAAAGGGAACUCGGCUUCGCAGCCAGCUAAAGAUGAUAGGUCCAUUGAAACUACCAAAUUUUCUCUACCCAAGUUACGUCUCGAGAUACGGGACCUCAAUCAUGCAGGAUCGCAGACUUUCUUGACCGCCGUUCUAGCCAACGAAGCUCUCAAAACCGCAGUUCGAAGCGUUCUCACCUUACUUUAUGAAUCUCCCCAUUGUCGCACCACUACUAUUCCGACAACUCGAUCGGUGACCCUCAUCCUUCGUUCCAUGGAAGGUGUAGCAUAUACAACGGGUACCGACCUCGACGAUGACCACAAAGAAAUACAUUUCUCUCUAGAUUACAUACACCAUGCUAUUGCAUCGGAGCGAAAGAAGCAUGAAAUAAUGGGCGUGUUGACUCACGAAAUGGUGCAUUGCUAUCAAUAUAAUGGAUUCAAUACUUGCCCCGGUGGCUUGAUUGAAGGAAUUGCAGAUUGGGUUCGGCUGAACGCUGAUUUAAGUCCACCUCAUUGGAAGAAAGAAGCGAGUGGGAAAUGGGAUGCAGGCUACCAACACACAGGAUACUUUCUUGAUUAUCUAGAAAAGAGAUUCGGUAAAGGCACAGUAAGGAGGGUCAAUGAAAAGCUGAGGAUUGAACGAUACGAAGAGAAACGCUUUUGGACUGAGCUUUGUGGAAGACCGGUAGAGCAGCUCUGGAAAGAUUAUUCGAAACAUCUUGAAGCAGAGCAGAGAAGAGCCGAAGAAGAAGAGUGUGUAAUUGUUGAAAAGGAGGAUGCUAUCACACCUAAAAAGUCCGAAUCUGGAGGGGAUGAACCAACACCUACCACAGCAACGGAGGAGACGGAAGAUGACUCCAUGAAAUCUGUGAACCCCGAAUAA